GUCGUGAUCGCGUUUCACCAGCGCGUCUUCAAACUCUUCUCUCCCCUUCUCUCUAGGCUCGUAAGUUAAUCCCGUUCAACCUCUUUCCACAUCACUUUGCUGGUCUUUGGAAUAUUCGGAAGAGUGGACAGGAGCAUCUAGACGUGGGGAUGAGACUCCUACUACCGUGUCUCCUCCUGGCCGCGUUGGUAGCAUGCGAAGACCAUGAGAUAUUCGACCUCGUGAGCGCGGUGGAGUCUUCUGAAGGGAAGGGGACCACGUUCUAUUCGUGGUUGGGUGUACCGCCGACUGCCAGCGUGCCAGAGAUCUCGAAGGCUUACAGGAAAAAGAGUGUACAGCUUCAUCCGGACAAGAACCCAAAUGACAAGAAAGCCCAUGAACGCUUCUCGAGACUCGGUGUAAUAGCCGCUAUCCUGAGGAGCCCUGCAGGCCGGGAGCGCUAUGACUUUUUCUACAAGAACGGUGUACCCAAGUGGAGGGGCACUGGAUAUUACUACUCGAGGUUCCGGCCCGGGCUAGGCUUCGUUUUCGUCUUCCUGACAAUUCUCACUUCCGGUCUGCAGUACCUCGUGCGAUCUCUGAACUACAAGCGGGAUCUUGCCAGGAUAGAUUCCCUCGUGUCCCAGGCUCGCUCCCAGGCAUGGGGAGCAAAACUGGUCCCCACGGCUGAGGGCCAGAGGAAGGUUAAAGUCAACCUGGGAGGACAUUCGCGAUUGGACGAGGACGGCAACGUCGUCGGUGGCAAAUUGGUUGACAUGGUGGUCGAAGGGAACGAUGUCUACUACCUUGAUCCCGAUGGCGGUCUGCAUCCCGUCAACAGCGACACAGCGACGCCGCCGUCCCUGCGGGGUACGUGGUUCAUCGCGCUGCUGAUCACCCUCUACGGGAAGGUCGCAAAAAAGGACGCGUCUGCAUCCGACCCAGGUGACACCCAGACCAAUGGGGAAGCGUAUGACAGCGAGGAUGGUUCCGGGACAGGAUCAGAUGUUCCAGGCAAGCGGCGGACGGCUGGGCCAACGAAGGGCAGUAGGACAGCUGCUACCAUGGCUGGCGGACGUAGGAGAAAGGCGGUAAAGAAGCGGUAACGCUGCCUUGUCGAUGCGCAUAUUACGCUUAGCAUUGAAUUACUUAUGUCCUUGGAUGGUAUGGUGUGCGGCGACAAGGGGGCCAGCCCCAUGACUGGUGCGCUAAGCGUUAACGCUCUUGGCAAGAGUUGUGACUCGUCCACGGGCACACGCGAAAAUUGACAACGGCGUUGAGGCUCGUCGCCUGACCCGGAAUGUUGCUCGCGACGGUGUGGUUCGCGGACAGCCGGCGGGGAGAAAUUAUUGGGGGGACGUUGGGUAGAAGAUGUGGCGGAUGGGAUCUGUGGGC